UUACGCAUAACCUAAUUUUUCCGCGACUGAGGCAGGGUGUGCUUCGUGGAGGAUUUUUCUUCCUGUUUUGUGCAGAAAAGAAUGUCAAGUGGCUCUAAACAGUCUCAAAUUAUUGUAAAGAUGGAGGAUGAGAAAGUCAUCACCAUCUCUGAUAUGCUAAAAAGCAUCGAGAGGUACAAUCCGGAACACCUGAAAGUUAUUGAAAAUUACGUGGAAGACCAAGCGAAGGAUAAUAGUUACGAUCUGGAGGCAAAUUUAGCCGUGCUGAAGCUCUACCAGUUCAAUCCGCAUCUCCUGAACUUGGACAUAACUUACCUAAUUUUGCUUAAGGCCCUCACGAAUCUGCCCCAUACGGAUUUUGUCCUGUGCAAAUGUCUCCUUUUGCCAGCUCAGACUGCAGAUGAUACCGUGAAGGAGAUCAUGCACCUCGUAGACAUCCUUGAGCAGUGCGAUUUUGCCAUGUUCUGGGCACGCAUAAAACUCAAUCCGGAUUUGUUCAGGAAAAUCACCGGUUUCUACGAUUCUAUUCGGAAGUUCGUUUGUCAUGUUGUUGGAAUCACUUUCCAGAGCAUCGAGAAGGACUACCUAUGUCGCCUACUGGGGGAUAUUGACGACCAUACUCUGUCUCUGUGGGUCAAAAGGUACGGAUGGAAGGAUCAAGGAAAUCUCAUUUUCAUUGCCAAUCAGGAUGAGAACAUCAAGACGAAGAACAUUACAGAGAAGAUUGAAUUUGAGAAUUUAGCUCCAUUGAUGGCAGCUUGCUUGUAAUACAAAAUAAUUAUAAAAUCUUUCUCUUAUA